AUGCACGACCCAGAGGCAGACAAAGAUCUGGAUAAUGAUCCAGAUAAAUCAAAUGCCGAAUUAGUCUAUAUUGUGAUGAGCGCCCAUGAAAAUGCGGAUGCGGAUGAGCCAAAGACACUCAGUGAUGCCAAGAGAUUACUUGAGUGGCCCAAAUGGGAACAGGCAGUCCAGACGGAACUCAAUCAACUACAGGGUAUGGAGACUUGGGAGUUAGUGGAACCUCCCGAAGAUCGAAAACCCGUAGGAAAUAAAUGGGUUCUAGUCAAGAAAACAAACAAAGAGGGUGAAAUAAUUAAAUACAAAGCCCGCCUGGUUGCGAAGGGAUAUUCUCAAACCCCAGACAUGGACUAUACCGAGACAUUUGCGCCCGUAGUCUGCCUCGAAACCAUUCGAGCUAUCCUCGGGCUAGCCGCAAUCUUAGAUUGGGAGAUUGGACAGAUGGACGUGAAAGGCACCUAUCUUAAUGGAACUCUCAAAGAAGAAGUGUACAUGCGGCAACCCGAAGGAUACAGCGAUGGAACAUACCGCGUAUGUAAAUUAAAGAAAACCCUCUAUGGGCUAAAGCAGUCUGGCCGAGAAUGGAAUAUCAUGCUGAACCGCAAGUUACUAGAUGCGAGAUUCAAGCACCUAUUCUCAGAUCCAUGUGCGUACAUUCAGAUCAAAGGUGAUAAGAUAGAAAUCGUCACCAUUUGGGUAGAUAACCUAUUAAUAUUCACCAAUGAUUGCGCACUGAUGGACCAAUUGAAGAGGGAACUCCGAAAUAUGUUCGAAGUUACUGACCUUGGCGAAUCCCGAAAAAUUGUGGGGAUAGAAAUCGAGAGAGACCAUUCAAAGGGAACGAUCAAAAUCUCUCAGACAAAAUAUAUUAAGUCUAUCCUACACAAGAAUGGACUUACGAACGCCAACACAGUCGAGAUGCCUCUUGAUCCAAAUACAGUGCUCGAAAAACAAGAACCCGAAACUGAUAAUGAAUGCAACCGAGACAAUGGAUACGCAUCGCUCGUCGGAUCACUGAUGUAUGUGGCAAUUGCCACGAGGCCAGACAUUGCUCACGCUGUGCAAUGGCUUAGCUCAUUUACUGCCAAUCCUGGAAUGGCUCAUUGGACUGCUGCCAAACGCGUCCUCCGCUAUCUAUCCGGAACACGAGAACUUGGAAUAAUCUAUGGGCCAAUUGCAGAUGUCAAGCCUGAAGAUCAAGCCAAAUUCGUGGGCUACUCAGAUGCAGACUAUGCGAACGAUAUCCGAGAUCACAAAUCAAUCUUGGGAUAUUUAUUUAAAUUAGAAAAUGGCACGAUCACGUGGAGCUCAAAGAAGCAAACCACGGUCACAUCAUCCACCACGGAAGCCGAAUACAUGGCAUCCGCCGAAGCGGCAAAAGAAGCUGUGUGGCUCCGAACACUAUUCAAAGAAAUAGGUUUCGAGCAACAAGAUCCUACAAUUUUAUUCGAGGAUAAUACGGUGGCGAUCUCAAUUGCACGUGAUCCCCAAUUCCACGCGAAAUCAAAACAUUUUAAUGUAAAGCAUCAUUAUAUGCGCGAGAAAUUGAGGGAUAAAUAUAUUGAUAUCCAUUACUGUCCCACGGAGGACAUGAUAGCGGAUAUCCUAACAAAGUCACUCCCUAAGCCGAGGCACGAGAAGCUCACAAAAAAGCUCGGAAUGCCCAUCGGCUUGAGGGGGAGUGUUGGAAAGUAG